AUGUUUAAGUUACUAGUGCCAUUAAUUAGCGCUGUAGUAUUAGUUGUUUCAAGUGCGGAUCAAAAAUUCGUUGACAGUUCUGGUCUAGAUGAACGUACGAUGUACGGAUGGGAAGUUAACAUUGCUUCAGAUUUUUCAGCUAGCACCUCUUGUUAUGGCAUUUUUAUUGGGCCACGGGUAUUCCUCACUCACUCUGAGUGUGUUAAAGAAAGUGGAAUGUCCUCUUCUAUUCAGAUCGUCAAUACUAUAUACAAUUCUGAAUUGGUGAAGACACAAUUAUCAGUCAAGCACCGAAAUGUAUAUACUGGUAAUAACAUCAAAAAGGGAACUACCGUUUUUGACCGAAAAGUUGCGUUGCUGAUAAUAGAUGAACCAGUCAUUCCUUUGGAUGAAAUCACUGCAAAUAGUUUCGUUAAAUUGCCUGAAGACAUCAAUGACGUUGAUUUCUCAAAAUGCUUCAUGCCGGAAGUAUCAACUCCGCCAAUCAUUAUAAAACGCUCAUGCCAACUGAGCGAAGAAGGCUUAACCGAAGAAUCUGCCACAGAAUUUACGUGCACUCAUGACCUUCAGGGGAUGUGGUACGGUAGUGGGCUGUUCUGUCAAUUGAAGGAGAAUCCUGGGACCAAUGUACUAGCAGGAUACGUUGGAAAUGAAUUUCUCAGUUUCUUAAGCUACUUCCGGUCUCAUGAAACUGUUAUCAAUCUAUCUGGAUUAAAUAUUAAAGUAAUGAACCUAUAA